GAAAAUCGGAUGAUUUGAACCUCGCAGAGCAGCGACUGCUUCUGCUCAUUGCUGCAAGCUUCUUCUACUUGAUGGAGGUUGACCGUGUGAACGGCCAGUCAAGGGCGGAAGAGGCCAUGCAGCUUCGGCGAGGCUUCCGGGGGUCCAUCGCGCAUGCCACAUGCUCGAAGCUGGACGACGCCGAACGGAUUCAUGCGGAGAUCGGCGCCCAAACCGAGGACGUAGACUACGCCAUCCAGGUGCUUUUGACUGCUGGGAUGUCAACACCGACGCUCCGGGACGUCGCGCGUGAAGGUGUUGGGAUUCUGGAUGCAGGCCAUGCCGAGAUCGCCGUUCCAUUUCUGGCAUUGAUUCCCUUCACUGCCAUGUCGAUAUUCAGUUUUUGCAUCGACUUCGAGUACCUGCCGCAAGCUGCGUGGGUCUACUACAUGCUCCAGGUGUAUCCCAUCCUCUGCCGGGUCGCCCUUCUGGUCGUCAUUUCUCGCAGUGCCACGGACGAGCGGUGCUUCAUCAUGAAGAUGAUGACCAAGCUGGUUGCCAUCUACCUGGCCGUGAUUUGCCCGAUCCUGGUGCGCAGGGACCCUACCCCAAGCCAUCUAUCCAGCUAUCUAUCUGUCCAUAUAUAUAUAUAUGUAUGUAUAUGUGUACAUAUAUGCGUAAGCAUGAUCAAAUCUGAGUAG